AUGUUUCCCUUCAAACUGCGACACGAGACACGAGGCGUCUCUGAGAUCCUGAGAGCUUCUGAGUUGAGACCGGUGCACAGCAAUGUGUAUUUCUGGUACAUCCCUCCCAGCCUCAGAGAGCUUCCUCGUGGACCAGAGAGAAAAGCGAGACUCCAUCAGGUGGCCCCUCGGAUCAAAGGCAGGAUGAUGGAGAAGGGCUCUGUUCUGAUUGGCUAUCAGCCGCUGGGGGACAAAGUGAAUUUCUUCAGGUGUGUGUUCUCCAACCCUGCCACACAGCCGGAGGACAUCGACUUCCUGCUGGACGAGAUCGCCUGGCUGGGUCAUGACCUUUGA